CGCGGUCUUGUAGCAAUCAAAAGCCACUGAGUGGUUCAUUCUUCAGUUGCCCGUUGAUCCAUUUCGUUCUAGUGCAGUGAGCGGUACUACUCAAGUGCAACGUAAUGUGGUACUUUAUCGUUUUGGCAGUAGUUCACAGUGUUUGCGUGCAAGCGAACAAUCUAUUACAAGAAUGCGCGAAAUAUUACCGACCUAAAAACUAUUUGGACAUGUUGCCCAAUCUUAAUAUGCCUUAUAUAAAUCAACUGCCUAUUCCUGAUAGUAUAAAUAAAUUUCGGCAUAGGGAUCAUUUGAAUAAAAUGCAAAAUAUUGUGGCUACGCCUGUGACUACGAAAGUUUUGACAGUGAAAACUAAAUAUUUUUAUAAAAAUCCUAUUUGUGUUAAAUAUAAUAAGAAGCAAAAGAUGUGCAAGUCUGAAGAUGGACGAAUAAGGGAAAACGUUGAUAAAUUGAUAACGAAACAAAACUUUUUGAAAAAUAAUGAUAACAUCCAACAAGAAGUUAUUUCAGAAUUUGAUGUCAUUUCCGAAGAAGAUGAUUUUGAUGCUGAUAAAUUCAAUCUAAAAGUGUCAUUUGGCAAUUUAGAACCAAGUGAAAUACCAGAAAGUGACCAAUCACAACGAGCUUUCCAAAACACCCCUUCGAUGUCGCCUCAAAAAGUCCAAGAGCUCCUGAUCGAAGAUCGCUUGGAUCAACUCGAAACUAUUUUACCGAACUAUCAACGGAGAAGAGUUUUUCAAACGAGCACCAUUUACGUCACUAAAACUGUAACCAACAAGAGAAGAAUGGCCACAUUGAUUGUCAAAAACUGUGUUCCUAUCGGCUACGAUGUUUGUCCGAAAAAGGAAAAGUCGAAAAGGAAAAGUAAAGUGGCCGAAAGGAGUGAGGAUUCCGAAGAAAAAUUGUUUUAUUUUGGAUAAUUAUAACUUUGGUUAUUAGAUUUGUAGGAACUUUGUAUGUUUGUAUAAUUUUGUUAGACUUAUUAUUUAUUUGUUCUGUUGUGUUUUUGUUUUUGGCUUUGUAUUUAAGUUUAGGAAUUAUAUUAGUAUUAAUAAAAAGACUGUUCUUGUCUAUUUAUAAUUUGUCAAAUAAUUGCUCCAUUGUUUUUCUUUAUGUCUCGUCUAAGUUAUUUUAAUUAUUUUAUUGAUUUCUCUGUAUUUUCUUGAAUUUAUUUUCCCAUUGUUUGCUGCAUCAAUUCUCUUGUUCUUGCGCUAUCGUUUUCUUCUUUUUCUUUUUCUUCUUUG